AUGGCAUCAAAAUCUGUCUUAAUUGCAUUGGCUAUGGUUGCCACAAUCUUUGCUCCAACAAUGGCUGCGGACUUUGUGGUUGGAGAUGAUAAAGGAUGGACUCUCAACUUUGAUUAUCAGAAGUGGGCUGAAGGGAAAGAGUUUCACGUUGGCGAUAAAUUGGUAUUCAACUAUACACUGGGAAAACACAAUGUGGUAAAAGUAAAUGGAACGGAAUUCCAACAGUGCUCAGCGCCACUGACAAGUCUGCCUCUGAUAAGCGGAAACGACUUGAUCCAACUCAAGACUCCCGGAAAGAAAUGGUACAUUUGCAGUGUCGGCAGCCACUGCGAAUCUGGGCCGAUGAAACUAGCCAUUAACGUGUUGCCGGAAGUAUAUUCCCCAAGUCCCGCUCCGCAACCCGGAGCCGCCUACGGAAUAACUGCUCCCUCAUUGAUGAUGGCUGCACUCGUUUCCUUGGUCGUCUUGAUCGUGACCUAA